AUGGCCACGCGGAGAUCGCAUACAACCCAGAGUAAGGGGAAGGUGCCGGAGCACCAUGACCACGACCAUGAACAUGAGCACGAGCACGAGCAUGGGCAUGAACACGAAGCAGGCCAUAAACAUUCUCAUUCCAUAUUCAGUACGCAUACGCAUUCAAUAGAAGAGCGGGGGCAGGGCGCGGAGCGGAUCAUGCAGGCUCUGAAAGGCGGAGGAGAUCGCGGGAGCCAAAUCACUCUCGUAGGACUCUUCUCCAAUGUCGCACUGACGGCGUCGAAAGGAGCGGCGGGAUGGUUCAUGAACUCCGCUUCCCUCCUAGCAGAGGCGGGCCAUUCACUGAGUGAUUUAUUGGGCGACUUCGUCACCCUGUUUUGCUGGAAACUCUCCCGAAGGCCGCCAUCUGAGCGAUAUCCCUUUGGUUUUGCGAAAUUUGAGACACUGGGCACGACUAUCAUGUCUCUCCUUCUCAUCGGAGGUGCCCUGGGGAUAGGCUACCACUCGUACUACCUUCUGGUUGAUGCCCUGGCGGAGACGGCUGCAGCACUUCCCCCAGGCCCUACUCAGUCGGUCCUACACAGCGUCAGGGAGGCUGCGCAGCAAUUACCUAUCCCGCCUGUUGGUCACGCCCAUGAACACGUCCUCGACCCGAAUGCUGCAUGGUUCGCAGCGCUCAGCGUGGGCGCGAAGGAAUGGCUGUAUCGGGCGACGAAGAAGGUCGCAGAUGAGGAGAAGAGUCCUGUACUAUUGGCUAAUGCCGUCCACCAUCGGAGCGACGCAUACUCAAGCGCAGUCGCGUUAGCCGCAAUCUUGGGGACUUGGUGGUUCCCUGCCCUGCCGCUAGAUCCAAUAGGAGGCUUGCUCAUAUCCAUCGUCAUCCUACGACAAGGAGUCCAACUCCUGGGCGGCGCAUUCGGCGAUCUAACCGACGCUAGUGUACCUCUGCGUUCACGGACAGCUAUGCUGAAAGCACUAGAGCCCCUCCUCUCUACAUACCCCAGCGAUCCAGCUAUCCAGAAGCAGGUCGAGCAACAGAUGCUCGUAGCCAUUCGCUCCCUCCGCGCCAGGCGCGCGGGUGCGCUGGUCUUCGUAGACCUGAUCGCGGAUGUGCCGAGGACUAUGAGUGUGGCGGAGACGGCAGAUCUGGAGAAGAAGAUAUCGAGUACGUUGAAAGAAGCGAGAAAGGAGGUCGCGGAAGUUAGAGUACGAUUCAACCCCGUAGACGAGCAGUCCGCCAACGGCCAUACGGAUUCCAAGUCAUGA